GUUUAAGGUCGGUUUAUACAUAUCCGUGCCGUGUCCGUUCCGUGUUAUGAAAGUGCCUGGCGAAAAAAAAAAAUAUGUACUCUAAUGAGUAUAUUUAUACAUUGGCGUUUUCAGGACGGGGCCCGUCCGUGCCCGGCCUGACAUUAAUUCCAAACGAUAAUUUUGAUUUCGGCACUGGCGAUGCUCGGAAAUGACACGGACCGCACGGACUUGUAUAAACACGAUUUUAUUGUUUUGUGAACGUGAGUGCUGGUAAACAGGCAAGCAGGAGAUGUUGUGCGGUUAGCGUGUAAUAUUCCUUACUGAUGCCAUUUACGUAUUACUAUUAUUAUGGACGAUGAAAAACUUAUCGAAUUGGUCCGGAAAUACCCGGUCAUUUAUAACACCUCAAAUUCAAAAUAUCUAGACACCAAAUACAAAUUGGAAAUCUGGAAGAAAAUAGGAGAAGAAAUACAAAAAACAAGUAGUGUUUGCAAAAAUAGAUGGCAGAAUAUACGCGACCAGUUUAGAAAAAUCUUGGCAAAGGAAGUGGCUAAAAGUGGACAAGCAGCGGAAAAAAGAAAAAAAUAUAAAUAUGAAGAUUGCUUGCAAUUUUUAAUUCCGUUUUUUGCCGAGAGAGACACUCUGUCUAAUGUCCAGUCUUCGAAUUCUGAUACUCCUUUGAACACAAUACAUGAAGAGACUGAAGAUGAAGGAAGUCAAUCACAAGCAGUGCAACCAACUACGGAGAUUUUAGAAACAAGCACGCCCACAGAAAACCAACUGCGUCCUGUAAUAAAAUCGCCGUCAGUUUCAACCAAAAGGAAACUUCCUGAGCAGGAAUCAGCCUCAACUACUUUAAUGAAAUAUAUAAUCGCUAGAGAAAAUAGUCAAAAAACAGAAAAUGUUCAUCCAGUUCUUUUUUUUCUGGACUCGCUGCCACUGUCAAGUCUUUUUCCCUAUAUUACCAACAUUUGGCAAAAGGUAGGCUAUUUCACGUGGUGCAAGAAUUGAAGGAGCAACAACUACUUCGACCCAUUGUCCAAAAUACUGUGUACAACGUAACACCUUUGUCAUCUCCGUCGCCCGCUGGAACUUCAUUAGAUUAUACCCAAAUGUCAUAUAUGCCAACACCAUCACUGGCUGGGCCAUCGUCAGAUUCUACCCAUACGUUUCAUCAGUUGUAGACAUUUGAAGCCAAAAACGAUAGACCAAAUGAAUCAACAUGUAACUCUAUAGCAAGCGAUUAUUAUCAC